AUGUAUCUUUUAUUAUCAUGUUCCCCAUGUUGCCACCCUAUUCGUUCUGCACUUACAACAUUUGACAGAAAUAUAUCUCAUAACAACAUAUCUGGAAAUAUAUUAUGUCCAGAUUAUGUAUUGAAGCACACCUUUUUGAUUGAUCUGGACUUAUCGCAUAAUCAGUUCAGCGGAACCAUCUGCAAUAAGAUAUUUAAUUUUGUAUCUAUGGAAAUAUGCGAUCUGUCGAAUAAUCAAUUUACAAGCAUUGACCCUAUGCCCACGACGAAGCUAAGUCUUAAAUAUUUUGAUUUGUCUAAUAACCAACUUUCAGGUGAUAUGCCUUCAAUCUCAAAUCUAAACAAAUUGCAAUAUCUGUAUGUAUCGUUUUACUUUUUGAUCAUCCAUAUAAACAAUGCUGACAAUAACUGGAAUUCCAACAAUUGCAUUUCUAACCUUCAACAGAAAUUUAUCCCACAAUAA